AUGCCAGUCCCGAGUCUUGCCAACCUCGCCAAAACGCGGCUGGUGCAAAACAUACACAUGCUGGAAGAUAUAGGCGACAUACCCUACGCAUUCCUCGCUCCCGUCCUUCGCCAAAUCCAAGUGCCAGAACAACUCGUUCAGCUCGAAGCAAACUGUCCGCACAUACAAGGCGAAACGGGUGAGAUAUGGCUCCGUUUGAUCAAGAGGGACAUACCAGGCUGGGACAAGAAGCCACAUCAGCCCCGGGACCCGAAGAACUGGUGCAAAGUCUACAAGAAGCUCAAGGCGGAGGCGGCAGCUGAAGAGGAGGCUCAGCAGGACGCGCUAAGGCAGAAGAUGCAGGCGCUGCAGAAGGACCGAAAUGGCCACCAAACUACCAUCAUAAACGCGAAUUUGAAUCUUCCUUCUGCACGGCGCUCAGGCUGGUCUUUUGGAGGAGGUCAGCGGUCGGGAUGGGGGGAUCCGGCUGCCCCGAAGAAGACGGGUAAAGCAGCGUUUGACAAAUUGAAGAGGGGCAUAUACGAUGCCAAACGAGCCCGACCGAAAGCAUCCAUGAUGCCCCAACAUAUACUCAACGAGAGGAAAAGAACUGUUACGCAAGUGCCUGCUAGAAUGGUGAGGAUGGCGGAAGCAGAGGCGAUGAGCGAAGGACCGAAGCGCAUGCUCGUUCCCAAGGCAGCUUCAGCAUCUGUAGCUGGAGGCAACGCUACGCGACGUCCCAUCAUCAGACAACAGCCGAUGCCUCGUCUUAGCGACGCAGCUCCAGAACGUGCUGCUGAACGGCCUCGGUUACCAGCUGGGCAGCACUUCUCCGCCCCAAGACCUGCGCCAAAAACUCAGCCAUCAGCAUCCGGUGCGUCACUCAAGCGGUCGCGUUCAGGACCUAACAUUCUGGUCGAACCGAAGCGGAGAAAGGUGUGA